AUAAUAGGCAUAUAGAAAUUAUUGUACGUCAAAUAACAUCAAAAGUUUUGGUUUCAGAAGAUGAAAUGUCUAAUGUUUUUUCGCCCGGAGAACUAAUUGGAUUGUUGUGAGCGGAACGAAUGGGACGCGCUUUGGAAGAAGCGAUCUGUUACCAAGCCGUCUUAUUGGGAAUAACAAGAGCAUCUAUGAAUACUCAAAGUUUCAUAUCCGAAGCUAGUUUUCAAGAAACUGCUAGAGUUUUAGCAAAAGCAGCUCUCCUGGGCCGUAUCGAUUGGUUGAAAGGCCUGAAAGAAAACGUUGUUCUGGGGGGGAUGAUACCUGUUGGUAGCGGCUUCAAAACACCUUCAAGCGAACCUAACAACAUUCCUAACAACAUUGCCUUUGAACUCCAAAAAAAGAAUCUAUUAGAGGGGGAAAUGAAAGAUAUUUUGUUCUACCACAGAAAAUUAUUUGAUUCUUGCCUUUCAAAUAAUUUCCAUGAUACACAAGAACAAUCAUUUUUUUAGGAUUUAAUGAUCUCUAAGAGCAGAUUCACCCCUUUCUUUUAUCUUUUAUAAAGGAUCUGUUGGUCCAGUCAUUUGAUUUGGUAAUAGUAAUAAAAAAAAUAACAAAUAGAAAAGAAUAAUGGCUUGGGCUGUGUAUCUACGCCAAUCUAUGGUAUAAAAGAAGGUUCCAUCGGAACAAUUAUUUAUUUCAGGGUACCUCUCUCUUUUUUUUCAAAAGGGGGAGGCAGUGUGGGGAGAAAUGACAAGAAGAUAUUGGAACAUUAAUUUAGAAGAGAUGAUGGAAGCAGGAGUUCAUUUUGGCCAUGGUACUAGGAAAUGGAAUCCUAAAAUGGCACCUUAUAUCUUUGCAAAAUGUAAAGGUAUUCAUAUUACAAAUCUUACUAGAACUGCUCGUUUUUUAUCAGAAGCUUGUGAUUUGGUUUUUGAUGAAGCAAGCAGAGGAAAACAAUUCUUAAUUGUUGGCACUAAAAAUAAAGAAGUUGAUUCAGUAGCAUGGGCUGCAAUAAGGGCUCGGUGUCAUUAUGUUAAUAAAAAAUGGCUCGGUGGUAUGUUAACGAAUUGGUCCACUACAGAAACAAGACUUCAUAAGUUUAGAGACUUGAGAACCGAACAAAAAACAGGGGGGCUCGACUGUCUUCCGAAAAGAGAUGCGGCUAUGUUGAAAAGACAAUUAUCUCAUUUGCAAACAUAUUUGGGUGGGAUUAAAUAUAAUACAGGGUUACACGAUAUUGUAAUCAUCGUUGAUCAGCACGAAGAAUAUACGGCCCUUCAAGAAUGUAUCACGUUGGGAAUUCCAACAAUUUGUUUAAUCGAUACAAAUUGUGACCCCGAUCUUGCAGAUAUUUUAAUUCCAGCCAAUGAUGACGCUAUAUCUUCAAUUCGAUUAAUUCUUAACAAAUUAGUAUUUGCAAUUUGUGAAGGCCGUUCUGGCUAUAUAAUAAAUUUGUGA